UUUUUGUGCCAAUUGCCAACUCGUUGGUUCCACCGUCACUAGUACUAAUAAAAUAUAUACACAUAAUAAUCUCAUCACUUUUACGACGCUAUAAAUUGGCAUCACACUACAACAUUUUCCACCACCACAUCCACAAGUUUCAAAGUUUCUCUCCAUUAAAGUAUUAGUCGGUUUAAUUAAUUAAUUAAUUAAUUAUCAUCUUCAUAAUCAUAUAUGGCUAUCACAAGUAACCUACUCCUUACCGACUUAGCUUCCAAAGCCAAACAUGUUCCCUCAAACUAUGUCCGACCAAUCUCCGACCGCCCUAACCUCGCCGCACUGGACACCUCCGCCGCUCACUCCAUUCCUCUCAUUGAUCUUCAGGACCUCUAUGGCCCCAACCACUCCAAAGUCAUUCAACAAAUUGGCCAAGCUUGUCAACUCGACGGUUUCUUUCAGGUUAAGAACCAUGGAAUAGCAGAGGAGGUUGUAGAAACAAUGUUGAGCAUAGCGAAGGAGUUUUUUCAGAUGCCAGAGGAUGAAAGGUUGAAGAUUUACUCAAACGACCCUACCAAAACCACUAGACUUUCAACCAGUUUUAAUGUAAACACUGAAAAAGUAUCCAAUUGGAGAGACUUCUUAAGACUCCAUUGCCACCCUCUUCAGGACUAUGUUAAUGAAUGGCCUUCUAACCCACCUUCCUUCAGAGAAGACGUGGCCAAGUAUUGCACGAGUGUGAGAGGACUAGUUCUGAGAUUAUUGGGGGCCAUAUCAGAAAGCUUAGGACUGAAAAGAGAAAGUAUUGAAAAUUCUUUGGGGAAGCAUGGUCAACACAUGGCGUUGAAUUACUAUCCACCAUGUCCAGAGCCAGAGCUCACUUAUGGAUUACCUGGUCACACCGAUCCUAAUCUCAUUACUGUUCUUCUUCAAGACCAGGUCCCUGGACUUCAAGUGCUCAGAAAUGGAAAAUGGGUCCCUGUUACUCCCAUUCCCAACACUUUUAUUGUCAACAUAGGAGAUCAAAUGCAGGUGAUUAGCAACGAUCGGUAUAAGAGUGUGCUUCAUCGAGCUGUGGUGAACAGUAGCAUGGAGCGUUUAUCAGUACCAACUUUCUACUGUCCAUCUUUAGAUGCCAUUAUGGAGCCAGCCAAGGAUUUGGUCAAUGAACAAAAUCCGGCAGUGUAUAGGAGUUUCACCUAUGCUGAUUACUAUCAGAAAUUCUGGGACAGAGGACUCAACACUGAAUGCUGCUUAGACUUGUUCAAAACUGAUCAUCAUCUUAUAAAUUAAGACUGGAUCAUCUACCUAGCUAUAAAUAAAUAAAGUUGUAAUAUCCCUUUUAGCUGUUAUAUUAGAAAAUAAAAGCAAACCCUUAAUUUGUAGCUUUACUUGUAAUAAACUACUAAUGAGUAAUAAUAAUAAGUACUUUCAUAUUGGAAAA